AUGGAGGGAGGAGAGGAGCGAGGGAUGGAGGGACGAGUGUGCAGGCUUUCAGCUCUGCAGCAACAACUGCUAUGCUCUCUGUUGGGCUCUGGUGUGACCCGUGAAGUGCUGAUCCAGGCAGUCGGAGAGCUGGAGAGAGAGCGGAACCGAGCCGGAACCGGGGUGGGAGGUGGCGUUGGGGCAGAGCGCGGUGAACCAGCCGAGCGGACGGAUGGAGAAAGCUCAGAGGAUGGAGACUCAGACUUUCCUCCACCCAUCUUUAGGGAGAUUGAGAAACUACCUCCAGAGGAAGCAGCUAGGCAGAGGGGUGAGGUGGAGCAGCUGCUGCAAGAGGACCCGUGGCGUGUGGCAAAGAUGAUAAAGAGCUAUAUGCAGCAGCACAAUCUUCCUCAGAGGGAGGUGGUGGAUGCAACGGGACUGAAUCAGUCUCAUCUGUCACAGCACCUGAACAAAGGAACGCCCAUGAAGAACCAGAAACGAGCUGCACUCUACAGCUGGUACGUCAAGAAACAGGACGAGAUCAGCCAGCAGUUCACCAAUGCGAGGAGAGGAUUGGCUCUGGGGGAGGAACCUAUUGAAGAAAUCAGGAAGGGGCGGAGAAACCGGUUUAAAUGGGGUCCGGCGUCACAGCAGAUACUGUUCCAGGCCUACGAACGUCAGAAAAACCCGAGCAAGGAGGAGAGAGAGGGACUGGUGGAGGAGUGUAACCGUGCUGAGUGUUUGCAGAGGGGCGUGUCUCCAUCACAGUUGGCCGGUUUGGGUUCGAACCUUGUAACAGAAGUACGUGUUUAUAACUGGUUCGCUAAUCGCCGUAAAGAGGAAGCUUUUCGCCACAAAUUGGCACUCGACCCACCUUAUAGCAGCCAAUCAGCAUCCGGGGCAGAGCACAGCAUCCCGCCCACUUCCACACAUGGUCUGAAGUUCACUUCCUCUGUAGUGUGUGAGGGCAUAGGGGCAUUGAGGGCUGCUGGGAACAUCGAAAGAACCGACGUAGGACACCUGGGGACAGGUCUGGUCCAGCUGGAGCCGAGUCACACGCUUCUGGAAGCACAUCAGCACAAACUGGUAUCAGGAGGAGGGUCUUUACCACCUGUUAGCACUCUCACCUCUCUCCACGGCGUGUCUCACACACACUCCGGCUCACCACAGGGGCUCAUCAUGGCCUCCUUACCCAGCGUCAUGAGCCUGGGAGACUCAUCUCUGCUCAUAGGUCUCACGUCCGGUCAGCCACAGACAGUUCCUGUCAUCAACAAUGUAGGGGGCGGGUUCACCACGCUCCAGCCAAUCACCUUCCAGCAGCAGCUCCAUGCAUCUCCCCAGCAGCCAAUCACGCAGCAGCUGCCAAGUCACAUGACUUCGAGUCCCUUCAUGGCCACGAUGGCGCCGCUGCCCUGCCACAUGUACAGUAAGACAGACCUGACGUCGUAUACCUCGUCCAGCCUCCUGUCCCAGGCGAUGGUCAUCGCUGACAGCAGCAGCAUCGGAACCCUCACUAAUCUCACCACAGUCCGACAGACGCUGAGCUCAGACCCUGAAGAACACACAAACACAUCGAUCGAUGAGGAGUCACUACACCUUCAGUCCAGCUCUCCAACACCAGUGUCCUCCAGCAGUCUGGAUCUUUAUCCUCAAAGCCAGUCGAGCGAGACUCACACGUCCCACCUGCUCACACCAUCACCUGGAGACAUCGGCUCCUACAUACCCACACAGAUGGUUUCUACUGCUCAGUAACACAGCAGCCAGCUCACCGGAGCGUACCGUCAGUGCCCCGUGAUUAUCUGUAUGUUUGUAAUGUAUUAUUGUUUCAGUGAGGACGAAGGGGGGGGGCACGGUGGCUUAGUGGUUAGCACGUUCGCCUCACACCUCCAGGGUUGGGGGUUUGAUUCCCGCCUCCACCUUGUGUGUGUGGAGUUUGCAUGUUCUCCCCGUGCCUCGGGGGUUUCCUCCGGGUACUCCGGUUUCCUCCCCCGGUCCAAAGACAUGCAUGGUAGGUUGAUUGGCAUCUCUGGAAAAUUGUCCGUAGUGUGUGAUUGUGUGAGUGAAUGAGAGUGUGUGUGUGUGUGCCCUGUGAUGGGUUGGCACUCCGUCCUGGGUGUAUCCUGACUUGAUGCCCGAUGACGCCUGAGAUAGGCACAGGCUCCCCGUGACCCGAGGUAGUUCGGAUAAGCGUAGAAGAUGAGUGAGUGAGAGAGUGAGGACGAAGGAAACCCUUACAGUGAUGAACAGUAACUGAUGCUGCCUUUGUGUGUCUGUGAAGCUGUUAAGUGCUGAGGGAUCAGUAAUGUCAGUGAGAACAAGCUGAGGUUUAAAAUGCACAAAAAGUCAAUCAAAGUCAGUGCUGGUGCAAUGUGGGAGGAGCAUGUGUUCAAUUUGAUCAGCCAAUCACAAACUUGAUCAUUAACACUAUCGUUUCUUUUCAUCUCGAAGCUGCCGAGUUUAAAACAUGGGUCUGAGUUCCACUAUAUAACGUCAGGUAGCUGAUUAACUCUAACAUGAAGUAGCGAGCCAGCGCUAACAUUACUAGUCUGACGAUGUCGACAAGUCAGUGACAGGAAACCUAUCAACAGUUAAUUAUUGUUAAACAUCGUUUUCUCUGUAAAUAUUAUUUUGAUGUAUAAAAUGAAUUAAAAUUGCAUAAUAAAAAGAAAA